UGACGAUUGAAUGGCCCGAGAGAGAGAGAGAGAGAGUGGGUCAGCUGCUUUAAUUCAAGAUUGAAUGACCCGAGAGACACAGAGCUGUCCCUAACUUUCCUCUUCACUUCCUGGAAGGCGCCUUGCCUUCCCAACUUCUUAGAUUAUGAGUUAGGGUUGCACAAUCUCCUCAUUUACUCACUAUCCUGAAGAGAAAUCAACCCCUCUAAACUGUCUUUGUACUUUUGAGAUAGAAACCCAGAAUGGCUUCCACAAGCUCCUUCAGAGCCUCUUCUUCUUCUUCUACUCCUUCCAUCCCUCAAACAAGUACUUAUGAUGUUUUCUUGAGUUUUAGAGGCGAAGACACCCGCUAUAAUUUCACUGAUCACCUCUACAAAGCUUUGGUUAACAGAGGCAUUCGCACCUUCAGAGACGAUAAACUCAGGAGAGGAGAAGCGAUCGCUCCAGAACUCUUGAAAGCCAUCGAAGAAUCAAGGUCUUCCGUAAUUGUUUUCUCUGAAAACUAUGCUGGUUCGAGAUGGUGUUUGGAUGAGUUGGUAAAGAUCAUGGAGUGCCACAAAGAUCUGGGACAUGUUUUCCCAAUUUUCUAUCAUGUGGAUCCAUCCCAUGUACGAAACCAAGAAGGAAGUUUUGGAAAGGCCUUUGCCGGUUAUGAAGAAAACUGGAAGGACAAGAUACCAAGGUGGAGGACGGCCUUGACGGAAGCAGCCAAUCUUUCUGGAUGGCAUAUACUAGAUGGGUACGAGUCCAAUCAAGUUAAAGAAAUAACUGCUAGCAUAUACCGUCGAUUGAAAUGUAAGAGGCUUGAUGCUGGUGACAAUUUAGUUGGUAUGGAUUCCCAUGUAAAAGAGAUGAUUUUGCGGUUGCAUAUGGAAUCAAGUGAUGUUCGUAUUGUUGGGAUAUAUGGAGUUGGUGGGAUAGGUAAGACUGCCAUUGCAAAGGUUAUAUAUAAUAAACUUUCUUGCGAAUUUGAAUGGACGAGUGUGGACCCCGCAUUUCGAUUGCUCGAUGUGUUUCCCACUCGAUGGCGAGCUCGAUUUUUAUUUGAAAUAUUGAUUUUUAUUGAUUAUUUGAAAAUGACUUGGAGUCGCCACUUAGGGAGUCAAAAUAUAAAUGGUGUUGCUCGUAGAGCAGGUAUGAUAAAGGACAUUCUCUUAUCUAAAAGAGUUUUUAUGGUUCUUGAUGAUGUUGAUGAUCCAAGUCAAUUAGAAUAUUUACUUGGACAUCGUGAAUGGCUUGGAGAAGGAAGUAGAGUCAUCGUAACUACUAGAAAUAAACAUGUGUUAGCUGUACAAGAAGUGGAUGACUUAUAUGAGGUUAAGGGAUUGAAUUUUGAAGAAGCUUGUGAACUUUUCAGUUUGUAUGCCUUUAAACAAAAUCUUCCCAAAUCAGAUUAUAGAAACCUCUCACAUCGUGUUGUAGGCUAUUGUCAAGGGCUUCCAUUAGCUCUAAAAGUUCUAGGUUCUCUCUUAUUCAAGAAGACAAUACCUCAGUGGGAAAGUGAAUUGCGUAAAUUGGAUAGAGAACCUGAAGCGGGAAUUCACAAGGUGCUUAGACGAAGCUAUGAUGGAUUAGAUCGUACAGAACAAAAUAUAUUUCUUGAUGUUGCAUGUUUUUUUAAAGGUGAAGAUAGAGAUUUUGUGUCAAGAAUAUUAGAUGCUUGUGAUUUCCCUGCAGAAAUUGGAAUAAAAAAUCUAAAUGACAAGUGUCUUAUAACUCUCCCAUACAACCGUAUAGCUAUGCAUGAUUUGAUACAACAUAUGGGUUGUGAAAUUGUUCGUGAAAAAUUUCCUGAUGAGCCAAACCAAUGGAGCAGAUUGUGGGAUCCCCAUGAUAUUCAACAGGCACUUAGAACAUCUAAGGAAAUACCAAAAGCUCAAACAAUAUCCUUGGACUUGUCUAAGUUAAAAAGAGUAUGCUUCGAUUCAAAUGUUUUUGCAAAGAUGACUAGUCUUCGAUUGCUCAAAGUUCAUUCAGGUGUCUAUUAUCAUCAUUUUGAAGGUAUUCACGAGAAGGAUUAUUAUGCUAUAAUAAAAAAUACUUCUAAAAUGCGACUUGACAUGAAAUUCGAAUUUCCUUAUGAGUUAAGGUAUCUUUAUUGGGAUGGAUAUCCUUUAGAUUUUUUACCAUCAAACUUUGAUGGAGAGAAGCUUGUUGAACUUCACUUGAAGUGUAGCAACAUAAAACAGUUGUGGCAAGGGCAUAAGGAUCUUGAAAGGUUAAAGGUCAUUGAUCUAAGUUGCUCAAGGAAUCUCAUUCAAAUGUCAGAAUUCUCAAGCAUGCCAAAUUUGGAGAGACUAAUUCUUGAAGGUUGUGUAAGCUUGAUCGAUAUUCACCCAUCUGUUGGAAAUAUGAAGAAGCUUACUACCUUAAGUUUGAGAUUCUGUGAUCAGCUUAAGAAUCUGCCAGAUAGCAUUGGAUACUUGGAGUCUCUCGAGUCUCUUGAUCUCUCUGAUUGCUCAAAGUUUGUGAAAUUUCCGGAGAAGGGAGGGAACAUGAAAAGUUUAAUGGAGCUUGAUUUAACAAAUACUGCUAUUAAGGAUCUGCCUGAUAGCAUUGGAGACUUGGAAUCUCUUAAGUUUCUUAAUCUCUCUGAUUGCUCAAAGUUUGAGAAAUUUCCGGAGAAGGGAGAGAACAUGAAAAGCUUAAAGAAGCUUUUUUUAAUAAAUACUGCUAUUAAGGAUCUGCCUGAUAGCAUUGGAGACUUGGAAUCUCUUGAGUCUCUUGAUCUCUCUGAUUGCUCAAAGUUUGAGAAAUUUCCGGAGAAGGGAGGGAACAUGAAAAGCUUAGAGAAGCUUGAUUUAAAAAAUACUGCUAUUAAGGAUUUGCCUGAUAGCAUUGGAGACUUGGAAUCUCUUGAGUCUCUUGAUCUCUCUGAUUGCUCAAAGUUUGAGAAAUUUCCGGAGAAGGGAGGGAACAUGAAAAGCUUAGAGAAGCUUGAUUUAAGAUUUACUGCUAUUAAGGAUCUGCCUGAUAGCAUUGGAGACUUGGAAUCUCUUGAGUCUCUUAAUCUCUCAUUUUGCUCAAAGUUUGAGAAAUUUCCGGAGAAGGGAGGGAACAUGAAAAGUUUAAGGCACCUUUGUUUAAGAAAUACUGCUAUUAAGGAUCUGCCUGAUAGCAUUGGAGACUUGGAAUCUCUUAUGUUUCUUAAUCUCUCUGGUUGCUCAAAGUUUGAGAAAUUUCCGGAGAAGGGAGGGAACAUGAAAAGUUUAAUGGAGCUUGAUUUAAGAUAUACUGCUAUUAAGGAUCUGCCUGAUAGCAUUGGAGACUUGGAAUCUCUUAGGCUUCUUGAUCUCUCUGGUUGCUCAAAGUUUGAGAAAUUUCCGGAGAAGGGAGGGAACAUGAAAAGUUUAGUGGAGCUUGAUUUAAAAAAUACUGCUAUUAAGGAUCUGCCUGAUAGCAUUGGAGACUUGGAAUCUCUUGAGUCUCUUGAUCUCUCUGAUUGCUCAAAGUUUGAGAAAUUUCCGGAGAAGGGAGGGAACAUGAAAAGCUUAAAGUGGCUUUAUUUAACAAAUACUGCUAUUAAGGAUCUGCCUGAUAGCAUUGGAGACUUGGAAUCUCUUUUGUCUCUUCAUCUCUCUGAUUGCUCAAAGUUUGAGAAAUUUCCGGAGAAGGGAGGGAACAUGAAAAGUUUAAUGAAGCUUGAUUUAAGAUAUACUGCUAUUAAGGAUCUGCCUGAUAGCAUUGGAGACUUGGAAUCUCUUAGGCUUCUUGAUCUCUCUGAUUGCUCAAAGUUUGAGAAAUUUCCGGAGAAGGGAGGGAACAUGAAAAGCUUAAAGAAGCUUUUUUUAAGAAAUACUGCUAUUAAGGAUCUGCCUGAUAGCAUUGGAGACUUGGAAUCUCUUGAGUCUCUUGAUCUCUCUGAUUGCUCAAAGUUUGAGAAAUUUCCGGAGAAGGGAGGGAACAUGAAAAGUUUAAUGGACCUUGAUUUAACAAAUACUGCUAUUAAGGAUCUGCCUGAUAGCAUUGGAGACUUGGAAUCUCUUAAGUUUCUUGUUCUCUCUGAUUGCUCAAAGUUUGAGAAAUUUCCAGAGAAGGGAGGGAACAUGAAAAGUUUAAUUCAUCUUGAUUUAAAAAAUACUGCUAUUAAGGAUCUUCCCACCAACAUUUCUAGGUUGAAAAAUCUUGAAAGACUUAUGCUCGGUGGCUGCUCAGACCUGUGGGAAGGAUUAAUAAGCAAUCAGCUUUGCAAUCUGCAAAAACUUAAUAUCAGUCAAUGCAAAAUGGCUGGACAAAUUCUGGUGCUUCCUUCAAGUCUACAAGAAAUAGACGCAUACCCUUGCACAAGCAAGGAAGAUUUAUCAGGUCUGCUCUGGCUUUGCCACCUCAACUGGUUGAAAUCCACAACGGAGGAGUUGAAAUGCUGGAAACUCGGUGCUGUUAUUCCUGAAAGUAAUGGAAUUCCAGAGUGGAUAAGGUAUCAGAACAUGGGAAGUGAAGUAACAACAGAGCUUCCAACGAAUUGGUAUGAAGAUCCUGACUUCCUAGGAUUUGUUGUAUCAUGUGUUUAUCGGCAUAUUCCUACAUCUGAUUUUGAUGAACCUUAUCUUUUUCUCGAGUGUGAAUUGAAUUUACAUGGCAAUGGAUUUGAAUUCAAGGAUGAAUGCUGUCAUGGAUACUCGUGUGAUUUUAAAGAUUUGAUGGUAUGGGUUUGGUGCUAUCCUAAGAUUGCUAUUCCGAAAGAGCAUCACCAUAAAUACACACAUAUUAAUGCUUCAUUUGAGAGUUAUUUGAUAAACAUAAAAAAAUGCGGCAUCAAUCUUAUAUUUGCGGGAGAUCAACAAAAUCAUAUGCCCAUGUUGGAGCAUCCUCAGAAUUCUGGUGACAAUGGAUCAGCAUUACAAGAUACCGAUGGUAAUGUUCAUGGGGCUAAUCAAGAUGAUGAACACUACCAUAUUCCCAUCGUGUUAGAUCUUCUUGGGAAUUUUGGUGACAUUGGAUCAGUAAUACUUGAAGGCACUGAUGGAAACCGUAAGAGAAGACGUGAUGAUUCCUUACCCGAUGUAGUGGAGGAGCCACAUUAUAAAAGAUUGGGGCACCCAACACCCAUCUCUCGCUUUGAACUCCAUCAUACCGAUCAGAACGAAAUCACAUGUGGUAGCUGCAGGUGGACUUCAUGUUUUUUCCUAACAACUGAUUGCUUUAGGUGGAAACAAGGACAAUGAGGAGAAGUUAAUCUCAAGAUGCAAAUGAGAUUCCAAAUGUUGCUAAGGUGGUCUACUCUUGCACAUGAUUAGUCUCUUACAAUCAUGACCAUCAAGAAAGAUGGUACAAUUUGUGUAUUGAAAGUGUGAAUUAGGAAUGUUAAAAAAUGAAAACUUGAAUUGAUAUAUGUUUUUGCCCAUAAGAUGUGUGGUUAUGGUCAAUUCUUGUGGGUAUGUAAUUGACCUUGAUGUUGCAUAUGAAGCAUGUCACCCUCUCUGUAUCUUCAAGUUAGUGGUUGGAGCUUCUA